CUACGGCAUUUCACGCCAACCUCACUUCCACUAGAACUUGAGAAACCAAGGUGAGGUGCUCUCUUCGCUCUCUCUUUCAGGCUUUAACGUCCAGGCUCCGUCGCCCGCUCGCAUCAUCGUAACGUCCCCAGUCUUAUCAAAGCUACAGCACACGCAUCCUACACUUCAGUUUAUUACCUGGUCCUGGUACUCGUCCCACAAUGCACGGAGACAAAGAGUACAAAAUCGAUAACGACAGCCGCGCGGCCUUGCAAACCAACACCGGCGUACGAUUUCUUCUCCGCGCCAAGUUGAAGCCAGGGUCUCGACACUCUUCGGAUAUCAUACCUUGGGCACAAAGCCUCUCGGAAAAGAUCGCCAGGGCCAUGGCGGAAGCAGCCGGGCACCAACUGACCCAUUUCGCCAUGCAGUUGAACAUGAUCCGGUUGCUAAGCCACAAGCAUUACGCCCUCAUCUGUUUUGACCUUUUUCUCCACGAAAGCGAUGAGCAAGUACGAAGCCAGUUCUCGCAAACGCUCCAGCAGCCAAUCCACGAAAUCAUCAAGCGGGGAAACAGCUGCCAUGUCAUCCGGAGCAAAAAACUGGACGAAAUGGUAGCAAACCAUUACAGGCGUCUGCAGGACUCUGACAGCGGCCCGCGGCCGUAUUUUACGGAUGGCCUCUAUCCGCCACUGUAUGUCGAUGGGAGACGGAUCGAGACGUCUAAGGAUGGAACACCUGACCCCGACGAACCGGAAGGAUGGGACUGGGAGCGCGGGCUGGUGUUAGGGCCGGAAGAGGAGGAGGAUGAGCUGAAGGGGGAAGGGGAAGGUGGCCUUGGUGAGGGUUAGUAAGAGAGGGGAGAAAGGUUUCCAUCCUCUGGAAGUAGGCAGAAGAGCUUGCCUUCCUCUAUGAUACGGCAGUACCUGUAACGGAGGAUGGUGUGCAAUGUUCGGUUACGUAAGAUGUAUGUGUACUGUCAAAGUGUUUCCACCGUGUAAACGGCGCAACUAACGUAAGGUAAGGGGGGCCGGGUACUACCUAGAGCUUAACAGAUAGUAACUUAUACCAUUGCAUGUGAUCACUUUCGCU